AUGACUGUUCUCAUGGGUGCAAAAUACUUAACAGAUCCCACUGAAUGCCCCUCCUCCGGUAAACGCGUUCACAAGUUCGAACAGCCAAUGCCAAUACCAAGUUACUUGGUAGCCCUUGCUUGUGGAGAUCUGAGAUCGACUGAAAUUGGACCUCGCAGCAAGGUUUGGGCUGAGCCGAGUGUCGUGGAAAGAGCGGCGUAUGAAUUUGGUGAGGUCGACCAGAUUAUUUCUGCCGCUGAAAGUCUUUGUGGGCCCUAUCAAUGGGGCACCUACGACAUUGUCGUUUUGCCUCCCAGCUUCCCUUACGGCGGCAUGGAAAACCCCUGUCUCACCUUUGUAACACCAUGUCUGCUGGCUGGCGAUCGCUCGCUCAUUUCCACAAUUGCCCAUGAGGUGAGCCACUCGUGGACGGGUAAUCUGGUCACAAAUGCGUCGUGGGAGAACUUUUGGCUCAACGAAGGUCAUACCAAGUACUUGGAAGGCUUAGUUUUGGAAGCAAUGUAUGGAUCGGACUACCGCGAACUUCAUAUUGAACUUGGCUACGAGGACCUUAAGGCCUGCGUAAGUUUUUGUUUUCCAUUCAGCGUUUUGAUUUACCCCCGACAUAUAAUUUGGUUAAAUCAUGAACUGAAACUGACGACCAACUCUGUCUGCGAUUGGUCAGUCAAUUCAGCGGCUGGAUUCGAUGCGAACCUUUUCAUCAAAAAGAUUCACGUUCCUUUGACAUCCUCAAACAUAGGGCAAACUUGGCGCUAA